AUGGUUGGAGUUGCUCAAGGACUAAGACAUGACUAUUCUUUAUCAUCCAGGCAAGGCAAAUGUUGUAGCAGAUGCCUUGAGUUGAAAGGCGAAUCUGGUAAGGUGUUGGCUUAUAUGGAGGCUAGGUCAUCCUUGUUGGAGCAGAUUCGGGCCCAACAGUUUGAUGAUGGUAAUUUAUGUAAGAUUAGGUACAAGGUGUUAAAAGGAGAAACCAAGGCUGCAAUUAUUGAUAGUGAGGGAGUUUUGAGGAUUAAGGGUCGUAUAUGUGUUCCUCGUACAGGUGAUUUGACUAGAUUGAUCAUUGAAGAGCAAGUGAAGUAUGAACACCAAAAGCCUGGAGGUGUGACACAGAGGAUGCCUAUACCUGAGUGGAAGUGGGAGCGUAUUGCUAUGGACUUUGUGGUAGGAUUGCCAUGUACUUUGGGUAAGUUUGAUGCUAUAUGGGUCAUUGUGGAUCGACUGACUAAGUCUGCUUACUUUGUACCAGUUCAGACUACCUAUAAUUCAGAGAAGUUAGCCAAAAUCUAUAUUCGAAAGAUAGUUCGUUUGCAUGGGGUUCCUAUUUCUAUUAUUUCAGAUCGUGGCACUCAAUAUUACAUCUCAUUUCUGGCGGUCUAUGCAGAAGGAGUUGGGCACUCGGGUGGAUCUUAG